AUGGAUGAGGUCCCGGGAAGAAGUAGCUCCGUGAGAGCUACAAGGAGCAUCUUCGGCGAAAGCAUCCGUGGGAGGAAGCCGGAGAUGAACAGGGCAAUGAAUGUUCUAGGACAACAGAAUCUGUCACCAGAGAUCAAGCAGCUAGCAAAAUCCAGCAUGGAUAAGCUGAAUGAACGCAAGGCCGCCGUGGACAAAGAAAGAGCCGGCGCCGAGUCCGAGCUGUCGAGGGCGCGCGCCAUGGCGAAGGAGCUGGAGCGCCAAAUCGAGCAGGUCAAGGCCAGGGCGUCGUCCAAGAGGACAGAGCCCCACGCAAUGCGGGCGACCAGGGCAAGCGAGAAGGGACCGGGUGCGCCGAGCUCGCAGGAGGAGCGCGACGCUGCCGAGUACGCGGAGGUGUCGCGGGAGCUGGACCGUGCCAGGCGGGAGCUGCUCAGGCUGCGGCUGGAGGUGAAGUCCGCGGCGGAGGCCAAGACCAAGGCCGAGAGCGACAUCGUGGCGUCGGCGAUAAACAUCCAGUCCAACCUGCGCGCUGCCGACGAGAUGAAGCGGCUGGUGGACGAGGCGAACGAGGAGCACGUCCUGGUGGAGCUCGCGCGCAUCGAGGCCGAGCGGGAGCACCGCGAGAUCGACGCCCAGCGGCGCGCCGAGGCCGAGCGGUUCGCCCGGGAGAUGGAGGCCACCAGGGCCAAGAUCGAGGCGCUGCGGAAGGACGUGAGCCGCGCGCGGGAGAUGGAGGCGAAGCUCACCGUGACGACCGCCGACGUGGAGGUCCUGCAGGCCGAGAUGGAGCUGGUCCGCGCCAUGGAGAGGAACAGUGUCAAGAACGACGACGCUGCGGGUGCGGAGGCUGAGGACAAGGCUCUGCUGCAGACCGCGGAGGCCGAGCUGGACGCGGCCAAGAAAGAGCUGGAGAGCAUCAAGGCCGGGAGCUUCCAGUUCAUGACGUCCAUGGACAGCGCGCGCACCGAGAUCAUGCGAGUCUCCGAGGAGGUGAACCGGCUCAAGGCGCAGGAGAAGAAGGCGGACGCGCAGGUGCAGCAGCUGAACGCCAAGCUGCUGAAGGCGAGGGCCCGGUUGGAGGCCCUCACGGCGACUAACGAGCGGUCCACGGCGAUCGUUUCAAAUAUGACGUCGGCACUGCAGCAGCUGCGGGACGAGAAAGAGGCGGCGAGGAAAGAGGAGGAGCUGACCGAGCUUGAGCAACUGUGCGUGCGCGCCGAGAACGAGAACGUGAACACCGAGAUCGCCGUGACCGAGGCACGGAUACAGCAGUCUGUGAAGGAGCUCGAGGCGGCGAAGGCGGCCGAGGCCAAGGCGAUGAAGAAGCUCAAGGCCGCCGUGGAAGGCACAAUGCAGGCGAGGGCGUCACAGGGGUCGAGGACCAUAACCAUCUCGCGGUUCGAGUACGAGUACCUGAGCGGGCGCGCGGCGCUGGUCCGCGUGGUGGCCGACAAGAAGGUGUCCGCGGCGCAGGCGUGGGUGCAGGCGCUCAAGGCUGGCGAGAAGGAGCUGGCGGCGCGCUCGGAGGCCGCGGAGCGCGUGACAGCCGAGCUGCGCGCAAAGGAGGCCGAGGCGGCGGCGGAGGCGGAGAGAGUGGCGGGCGAGCAGAAGGCGCUGGAGCAGGAGCUGUACGACCUGAACGCGGCGGGGGAGCGGGACGGGCUGCUGUGCGCGUACCCGCGGCGGCGGUCGACCAGGGUGUCGGCGACGAUGCGGAGGGCGAGGGCGCGGCGGUCGUCCGUAUCGUCAUCGGCGGGGAUCCGGAACCCGCGGACGCCGUCGUUCACCAUCAAGAGGAAGAAGAAGGUGAUGCCCAGCCUCUUCAAGCUCAUCAAGCAGAGGAAAGACAAUAGCGCGAGCUGA